AAUUUUAGAUUUUUAGGGGCGGCUCUUGGCUCUUCACUCUUGCACUUCGCGCGGGUAAAAUAGAAAAACAAGAAUGAGUGAAAAACAAAACAAAAGCAAUAAUAAUAGCAACAAAACAAGGCAUCUUUUUGAUUUUAUUCGUCUGUUCCUUCCUCUCGCCUCCCUCUCUCUUUCCUUACCAUCAUCAUCUUCAUCGUCACUUCUCCUUUCACUUCAUUCCACAAAAACCCUAGAAAUUGGACCUCUGCUGAUGAAAUUGUAGGCUUUGGUUCGAGGAGCACAAGAUGGGGUCUGUGAUCGAAGAAGGUGAGAGGGACUUGGAGAAAGGACAAGGGCUGAACCCGAAUCCUUUAGCCGAGCCUUUGCAUUCGCCAUCCCCUACGUCGACGUCGACGGCGCCGGCGCCUGCUCUCGUUCUUUCCAAUUCCGGUAAGAGGAUCGAUCAAGCGGGGAAGAAGAAGUACGUGAAGCAGGUGACCGGUCGUCACAAUGACACCGACCUGCAUUUGGCUGCGCAGCGCGGCGAUCUGGUAGCGGUGAAACAGAUUCUCAAUGACAUCGAUGCGCAGAUGGUCGGUACGCUUAGUGGAGCAGAUUUUGAUGCUGAGGUGGCGGAAAUAAGGUCGGCGGUUGUGAACGAGGUGAACGAAUUAGGAGAAAAUGCCCUGUUUACCGCAGCCGAGAAGGGACACCUCGAUGUGGUGAAGGAGCUAUUGAAGUAUUCAACCAAGGAAAGUACUUCGAGGAAAAAUAACUCUGGCUUCGAUGCGUUGCAUAUAGCUGUUAGUAACGGUCAUCAAGCUGUUGUCCAGGUGCUACUAGACCAUGACCCAGGGCUAAGCAAAACAGUUCUUCCAUCAAAUGCAACGCCUCUUAUAACUGCAGCUACCAGAGGGCAUACAGCAGUAGUUAAUGAGUUGCUAUCAAAAGAUUCUAGCUUACUAGAGAUUUCCCGUUCCAAUGGGAAAAAUGCAUUACAUUUUGCUGCUCGACAAGGGCAUGUUGACAUUGUAAAGGCACUACUUGACAAGGAUCCACAAUUGGCUCGAAGGACUGACAAGAAAGGGCAGACUGCAUUGCAUUUGGCUGUUAAAGGGACCAACUGUGAAGUUGUAAAGUUGCUUCUUGAAGCAGAUGCGGCUAUUGUGAUGCUCCCUGAUAGAUCUGGUAACACAGCAUUACAUGUGGCAACCAGGAAAAAGCGAGCAGAGAUAGUGAAUGAGCUAUUGCAGCUUCCCGACACCAAUGUCAAUGCAUUAAACCGAGAGCACAAGACAGCCUUUGACAUAGCAGAAGGACUCCCUCUUUCUGAAGAAUCCUCUGAUAUGAAGGAGUGCUUGGCCCGCUGUGGAGCGGUAAGGGCAAACGAACUUAACCAGCCAAGGGACGAGUUGAGGAAGACAGUGACAGAGAUUAAGAAAGAUGUCCAUACUCAGCUAGAACAGACAAGGAAAACGAACAAGAAUGUAAGCGGGAUUGCUAAGGAGCUGAGAAAGCUGCAUAGAGAAGGGAUUAACAAUGCUACUAACUCGGUAACUGUAGUUGCAGUGCUGUUUGCUACAGUGGCUUUUGCAGCUAUUUUCACAGUGCCUGGUGGGGACACUGAUGAAGGGAUGGCAGUGGUGGUGGGGCAUGCAUCUUUCAAGAUAUUCUUCAUAUUUAAUGCUGUUGCGCUCUUCACGUCGCUGGCAGUGGUGGUGGUACAGAUCACUCUGGUUAGGGGGGAGACAAAAUCAGAGAGGCGGGUUGUGACAGUGAUAAACAAGUUGAUGUGGUUGGCAUCGGUGUGCACCUCUGUAGCAUUUAUAGCCUCAGCUUACAUAGUAGUGGGGCGACAUAACCAUUGGGCUGCCAUCCUGGUUACUGUUGUAGGUGGAGUGGUAAUGGCAGGAGUUCUUGGCACCAUGACGUACUAUGUGGUGAAGUACAAACGGAAUCGGAAGAUCAGGAGGAAGGAGAAGAAAUACUCUAAAAGGAGCGCAUCCAACUCGUGGCCUCAAUCAGAGCUUUCUGAUUCCGAAGUCAACCCUAUUUAUGCCAUAUAAUAUAGGCUAAUUAAUUAAUAGGCAACCAACCCACCUCCCCAAAGGCAGUAUUCUUCUAAGUUCAAUCUUGUGUUUCUAGUAUGUAACAGAAUGAAAACCAGAACAAACGAUUUCUGUAUGAGGUAUUUUGGCCAUGUACUUCUUCUUCAGUGCUUCUUGUACAUAUAAAUUCUGGGGUGCUUUUUGCUUGUGACCUCUUGUCACAAAAUGCCGGAACCAGCUCAGGAGUCAGGACGAGGACGUCAACGAAACACAUUCCCUUCCUCUUCCUUGUCCUGAAAAUUUUUAUUUUUCCUUUGAACUUGUCAGCCAUACUAUCAAACUACUUGUUCUCCUCUCGUUUGUGAGUUGUGAUAUUCCUUGUUGCUGUUCAA